UUUCAGGCUCAAAACAUCGUAGAGCUGAACCCGGCCUUCCGUGAUUAUACCGAGCGAUCGCAACAGGUAGAUCGGGUACUUAAGGAUCUUCGGGCCCAGGAUCUGUUCGUGGCUUUGCGGGGGUGGCGCAACGAGUGCUAUGACGUCAAGAGCAGCACCGAGUCGUUGCUGAAAAUGGACCGAUCGGCCACCUGUUUGUUCGGGGUACGCAAUUAUGGCGUCGAGAUCAACGGGUACGUCCGACAUCAGACCAAGGGUUUAUGCAUUUGGCUGCAACAGCGCUCGGAUACCAAACAAACCUGGCCGGGCAAGUGGGACAACAUGGUCAGCGGAGGGCUCUCGGUCGGAUUCGGCAUUCACGAAACGGCCGUCAAGGAAGCUGCCGAGGAAGCGUCCGUUCCGCCGGAUCUCAUCAAGAACCUGGUUUCGGCCGGGUGUGUUUCGUUCUUUUUCGAGAGCGAGCGGGGUCUGUUCCCGAAUACGGAGUACGUGUUCGAUUUGGAACUACCGGAAGACUUCGAGCCCGAGAACAGCGAUGGCGAGGUUCAGAACUUUCAACUAUUGCCGGUGAAAGAGUGCCUGGAAAAAGUAUUUGCGCCGGAUUUCAAAACAACGAGCUGCCCGGUGAUAAUAGAUUUCAUGAUUCGACAUGGAGUAAUCACACCAGAAAACGAAAUAAACCUAACUCAAAUAGUGGAACUGUUGCACGUUCCCCUGCAAUCACUCUAUUCGUACCGGGCAACGAAAGUUAAUGGUCUCAAUAACGGAAAUGGCGUUAAAAAUGGACAAAUCUAGAGCCUGUCCUACUAGAAAAGCAACAGGUCCCACACAUAUCUGGGCCAACUUGAAAAAAAUGGUGAUAAUUUAACAAUUUCGCAUCGCAGCGCAUACGCGAAAUAAAUUGAACGAAUGCAGGUAGGUUAAUUAAAUUGUAUUUUUCAAUCUGUGCUAUAUAACCGUAGUUGUUCCAAGUUUUUGCAUCUUUAUAUAAGUUUAGAUUGAGGCAAGAAACUUGACCGUUUGCUAUAGUACAAUCCCAUUAUUUUAGUUCGACGUUAGGUAAUUCUCUCAAAAUUAUGCCAAUUUUAAUCAUUAGACGAAAUAAAGAAACGAAUAUAACAGCUACUAUAUACUAUUUUCAAAUACUGCUGAAAAUGACUGGAAAAAAACAUAUAUGCUGUGCUUAAACAAAGAACGAGAAACAAGAUUGAAAAGAGAGGGUUUUCUUUUUCAAAAGGGCUUAGAGCUCGUUGCUAUAUAUACACAAACACACACCCAACACACACACACACCCUAUAUAUAAUUAAUAAUGUCUGUUCCAAUCUUAACAUCAAGUAUAUAACAGUGUUAACAAACUAUGUCACAAUCGUUCGUGCAAAUCACAACUACGCGUACUUCGUCAUUGCAUAGGCUAUUAUAAUUUAUGAUUAUUUCCAAUUUAUUUGCACUAAGUCAUAAUUUUCCAAACAGAUAAUCAAACUAUUUAUUUUAUUUAUAAUGUGAACCACCCCGCAAACGAAUCUUUUCCAAGAGAAGAUGAUAUUUUCUGUUUCCUAUUCCUGUCGAAAUAAGUUUAUCGUUUUCCAACUGCGUGUACUAGUUUUUUUUAAUGAAUUCGUUUCAUGACAGGUCAUGUAAAUACAACGGGUAUCUAAUUUUAACAAGAUAAUUUAAUUUCGAAAUGAAAAAAAAAGUAGUAUCCAUUAUUGGCGAGAGAUAUAAAACGUAAUAGAAUUAAAUCAGGACACUUUAGUUUACAGUUACUUUUUCAGUUAUAUAAACAUUUUUCUAGUUGUCAAAACUUCAGAAAGUAAACAUUAUAAAAGUAAUUGGAAAACUGUCUUAAUCUAUCUCAAACCACCCGUUGUACACAUGAUUUGAAAAAAAAUGGUUAUCCGAAUCAGAUGGCGAAAUUAGAUAAUGCAUAUUGAACACGAAUUGAAUUUUCUGAAAAUAAAACAGUUAUGCUCGAAA